GAGUAGGUGGCUCAUUUAAUCCCGAAUGCUGAAGUUGUGUAGCAUGUGAUCGUGUUUGAUUUGCAUUUUUGACUUUUGCAUUAACUUCAACAUUAAUUUUACGGUUGAUACGAUCCUUGUCCAAUCCGGUCGUUAUAAUUAUGAUAUUACUACUUGGUUACGCUUCUUAAGCAUUGCACGAGGUUUCGACAAAAUAUUACAAACGUCUAGAAUCUAGAUAAUAUGAUAACAAUUCCUUUGAUAUAGAUAGAUGUAAAUUGAAUUUUCAACAGUUUGGUGGUGAGAAAAGUACUGUGUCUUCAACAUCACAACUCUACGAUUUCACAUUAGCUGUGUUGUAUUUGGCUCAUCAACGCAAUGGCAGUGUAUUGGUUGGUUCUAUUCAUGGCUGUGCCGAUAAAUUUGGUGAAAGGAUUAUCUCCAACUACCGCAAUAGGUGGAAUUAAUCCUGUAGGUGGAGAUAAUCCAAAAAGACUGGAUCAGCCUUAUUGGUUUGACGACGAAAAUACUUCCUAUGCUAUAUUACGUCAUUCACGUGUUAUUCCAUCAAGUUCUUGGGAAGAUGCACGUGCUUACUGUGUAAAAAUGGGUGGUGAUCUGCUUUCGAUCAACUCGCAAGCUGAAAACACUUUAAUUGCAAAUAAGAUUGCUUCCUACCACACGGAUAUCUUUUGGUUUGGAUUAAAACGAAACAACCGGAAGUGGAUCUGGGUGGAUGGAAACAAUGCGGAUUUUACCAAAUGGGCCUGGGGUGAGCCGAAUAAUUACCUCAACAGUGAAGAUUGUGGUGAAAUAUAUAGCCGAACAGGAAACUGGAAUGACAAUAACUGCCAAGAUCGAAGAUCAUUUAUAUGUGAAGGGGAAAGAGGUAAAAUGGUACUUCCGACUCUCCCAACCAUUCCGACACAGGUUUACGCGACAACUAACAUUACUUGUAAAAGGGGAUGGAAAGCUUUUGGUAGUUCUUGCUACAAGUUUAUAAAAACUUCAAGAUCGUGGUCCGGGGCAAAGGAGGGCUGUGUUAAUUUGGGUGGACAUUUGUUGAUAAUUGAUGAUAAAGAGGAACAAGAUUAUUUCUACAGUGAACUUAGGAGCAAGGCUUAUUCACGUUUCUGGAUUGGACUUAAUAAGCUUGGCAGGGAUGGGCUCUGGAAAUGGACUUUUACUAAUGCACCUCCAAAUUAUACUAACUGGAAUGUCGGAGAGCCUAAUGGUGGUAGAAGAGAAAGGUGUACCGAAAUGUAUGGUGGUAUGCUUUCUGCUUUUUGGAAUGAUGAAGCAUGCUACGUAACCAAACAAUAUAUUUGUGAAAAGGAAGGAGAUAAGAAAGGUUGUCCUGACGAUUGGUACCCGUACGAAGAUAAUUGUUAUCAAUUCAACUUGCUCGAGUCACAAUUAAAGAAUUGGUCUGACGCACAACAUGCUUGUGAAUCAAUCGGCGACUUUUCAUCCCUUGCAAGUAUUCAUAGCGAGAGUGAACAAGCUUUUCUUACUGCAAAAGUCAAUUUGAUUGCCCAAUCGGAAGUAUGGAUUGGUUUAAAUGAUCGACAGUCAGAGAAUCUUUACAAAUGGACGGACAAUACAAAAUUUGAUUAUGAAAAUUGGUUUGCAAACACAUCCGGGAACAAACCAUGGAAGGAUUGUACUUUGAUGAUGGGAAUGAGAUCCGAUGGAGCGUGGACAAAAGAAAUGUGUUCAGAAAAACGACGAUUCAUCUGCAAACGCGCAAUAGCAAUUUUUGACUGCGAUGAACCUCUGGGAAUGGAAAACGGUCUAAUUAGUGAUGAGCAAAUUACAGCAAAGAAUUUUAAAAGUCUGUCGGAAGGACCAACCAUGGCGCGACUCCGCAAUCAAAAUGAAUGGUGUCCUAAAAUUCAGGGAGACUAUCUCCAAAUUGAUCUUGGCUCCAAUUACAAAAUUACAAAGAUUGCUGUACAAGGCCUUGCCACGUCAUAUUGCAUUAAAUACGGUUACAAUGGAAAAUCAUUCAAGAAAUAUGGAAAAUUAAAUUCUAUGUGCAAGGGAUUGCGAAGUGUGCCAUCAAAUCAGCCACAUUUCCUUCGGGAGUUACAACCUUUUGUUGCUAGAUACAUUCGAGUUACUCCAACACAAGGAAAAAAGAAAUGUGUUCGUCUUGAAGUAUACGGUUGUCUAAGCGAGAGCACUAUUGACGAAACGCACAAAGAUGCAAUCUGGUCAAAGAUCCCAUCAUCUGAUUACCAAUAUCAAAUCAAUAACAUUCUUCUUUCAUGGGAAGAGGCACGAUCGCACUGCUUGGAACAAAAUGCUGACUUGCUCAGUUUAAGUGAUUCGAAAGUUAUUCAGCACAUGAACACACAAUUGACUCGCCUGAGUGUAUAUAGCUGGUGGAUUGGAAUGUCAAAUCGUGAUGGUACCUUUCUGUGGACUGAUGGAAGUCCUGUAAAUUAUAUCAAUUGGCAUGGUUUAAUAAUUGGUAAUGCAAAGUGUGCUGUGGUUCGAAGAAUAGAUAAAAGGAUGCAAUUGAUGUCAUGUAGUAACCGGUAUAACUUUGUGUGCAUGAGGAAAGAUCCAAGCUCUUUAACAAAUGAUCUCAUUGCGGACCCCAAUCGUCAAGUGAUUGAUAAAGGUGUCACUGGUGUUUGGAAGAGUAGUGCGAGUCUAUUCUGGCCUUUGUCAAAUGUUGAUGAUCGAAAGAUAUCAGGAACUGUUGAUGGCGCCGUUUACGGAGACGUCCUUGUAAUAUCUGGGGUAAAGAACAAAACUGAGUCAGCUUUAUUAUUCACAAAGUCAGGCAUGUACAUUGAUGUUAAGUUAAAGGAAACAGACUGUCUGAUUUUGCCUGAUAUUUGUCCGUCAAAAGAGUUUACCUUAUCAUUUAUGGCGUCCUUCGAUAUCACUGCUGCUACCUGGAGCAAAGUUUUUAUUCUUGACACUUUGGAAAAAAAUGAAGAGGAGUCGACUGGGGUUUCUGUGUAUGUAGAUCAAAAAAAACUUUGGUUUGUUGUUUCUUACGUGCAUAUGUUUUGGAAAAUUGAUGUACCCAUAAAUGGUGAUAGCGUUUGGAGACAUUAUGUUGUCGUAUGUGAUAUCAAGAAGAUUACUCUCUAUGUGAAUGGAGAAAGUGUAAAUGAAAGAAGUUACCGAUAUAAUUCUCGGAAGAUUGUGAUUUCCAAUAAAAGAAAAACGAGUUUAUAUAUUGGUUUAACAGCUAAGUCAAAAGUAACCAGAGGUGAUCUUGGUCUUUCUAUGCUUGCAUUCUGGGAAGGGGCUUUGUCGCUUACAGAUAUACAAGGCAUUUAUAAUACAGAAUUUAGUUGGUGCCCUAUUGGCUGGAAACCGUUUGGGAUGUCAUGUUAUCAGUUCAAUGGAUAUCGCUCCACUUGGAUAAAUACGCGUGCAAGAUGUCAACGAUAUGGGGGAGAUUUGAUAGUUAUCAAUACACCUGUGAAACAAGCGAUGGUUACAAGAAGAAUACGAUAUGAAUCAUGGAUCGGACUUAAUGAAGCAAGUAGUCCAACACGAACAUUUCCAUCACGAUUUGAUAUUUGGGGUAGUAGAGGAUAUAGGAGUUAUAGGAGAUAUAGGAGAUUUGGGGGAUAUUGGAGAAGAAGGUCGUAUUCUUGGAGAUCGCCACGACGUGCGCUUACUUUUAUUUGGGCAAGUGGUUCACCAAAUCGCUUCACAAACUGGCAGUCACACCGUGUCUUUUAUACUGGUUCCAAGACUUGUGCUAGUGUUAAUGGUGGAGGAGUAAUUGGUGCAUGGCGACAGAAAUAUUGCACUUCUUAUUUAUCGUCAUUAUGUGAAAAGGAAAAAGUUGAAUCAAAACGCGAUGUUAACGAUACAGAUGCUACGGGUCGCUUCUUCACAAGAAUUUGCCAAUUUUCAACGAAAGUGAUUAGUUGUUCAAGCGGCACAGUUAUAAAAAUUCACAGUGGUUUCUGGGGAAGGAAGAAUCGAGAUGUAUGCCGACGUAUAAGUAUUAUUGAUUGCGGUUUAAAUACGGUGUCACGUGUUACUCAUAAAUUGAUGGCAGAAUGCGAAGGAUUGUCUGAGUGCAAAUUACAAGCUUCUGAUGAUCCUAAGCACUUCGGAAAUCUUUGCUCUGGAGUUUACAAGUAUUUGGAAGUUAUUUAUUCUUGCGUUAAGGAAGAAAAUUAUCAGACUAACCCUUGUGAGAUUGGGUGGAUCCGCUCCAAACAUAAAGAUGUAGGCUGCUAUCGCUUGAUGGAAUCAAAAAAAUCUUGGUCUGAGGCUGAAAAAACCUGCGAGAAGUAUGGGGCGAAACUUCUAAGUAUUCGUGAUAGAUCUGAGCAAGUGCUUGCGACAUAUUUGAUGGAGAAUGCUUGGAAUACUGAUGUCUGGAUUGGUUUAUCUGAUGCAAAAACACCAUGUAAAUAUACUUGGUCCGAUGGUGCAUCGGUAAGCUGGACUAACUGGGCUGUAGGAUACCCACGUGGUGUUUGGUCUGGUGAGCAUUGUGUCUUUAUGAAUCUAAAAGGCGCUACACAAGAUAUGAUGUAUUGGAGAGUUGGAAAUUGCAGUCAAGAAAAAUUGUUUAUGUGCAAGAAAAUAAUUUAUAAAUCACCAAACACGAUUACCUCCAACACAAAAGAUGGUGGUUGUUCUUCCGGAUUUACUUUAUUCAGGGGCAAAUGCUACAAAUUGUUUAACGAUGCGGCAACGUGGAGUAGUGCUGAAUCUUUCUGCAAAUCAUGGAGAUGGCGGUAUCGUGGUCAUUUAGUUAGCAUAACAGACAAAGAAGAAAAUGAUUUUGUCAGUACUUUGGCGAAUGUUUCCAUAUGGAUCGGAUUAGAAGGAAGAGGAAUUUUUAGAGGUCACGUGUGGUCAGAUGGUACUCCAGUAAGCUAUACUAACUGGGAUAAAGGACAGCCAGAUAGCUUCAAUGGUCAAGAAGCAUGCACUCAGCUCAAUUCAGACAUUCGUUAUUGGUCUGAUGUCAACUGCUAUUUUAAAAAGCCAUUUGUUUGCAAAGUUGACCAGGGGUACGGACAAACAACUACAGUAUCACCGACAUGGUAUGGACAGUCAACUACGGUAUCACUGACAUCACAAUCCCCUCGCUGUAAAAAAGGUUGGACACUAUUCAACGAUAGGUGUUAUUUGAUUGGUCCUUCAGUAAACGACAGCGCAUACACAACGUGGCAUGAGGCUGACACUAUUUGCAAGAGCAUGGGAGCACAUCUUACAAGCGUCCAGAGUCUGGAAGAAUCAGAAUUUCUUGUAAAGCUUGCGAGGCUCAAAGCCAAUUCUGUAUUUUCACUUUGGAUUGGCUUGCAUGAUUUGGAUGGUGAAAGCCUCUACGUUUGGACAGAUGGCUCGGGAUACGGCAAGUUUGUGUACUGGAGUAAUGGUGAACCAAAUGAUAUGUAUGGUCAAGAAGAUUGUAUUGCUAUGGUGAAAUCAAGUGGAAAGUGGAACGACAAUCACUGCUCUAAUAGAAAAAAGUUUGUUUGCAAAUCAAGGACAGAGGAUGCUCCAAAGAUAUCUAUCCUUAAACCUGCGAGCAAGAUAUCUGAUUAUGGGUAUUGUUCUGAAGGCUGGAUUCAUAAUGGAAAAUACUGUUAUCAGUUUCAUACUGAUAAAACUGAUUAUAAAGCAUGGCGUGAUGCAAAAAGAGCUUGUGAGCAAGGAAAGAACUCUAGCACUUAUGGAGAAUUAGCCAGCAUCAAUACAGAACUUGAACUGGCCUUUAUCACAAUGAAUUUAAAGGGAGCUACUACGUCCUUAUGGAUUGGUAUGAAUAACUUUCACGUCAGAAACAGUUUUUACUGGACAGACAAUUCUCCGGUGAAUAUAUAUAAUUGGAAUGAAGGGGAACCAGCAAUGAUUUCUAGAUAUCAUAAGUGCGUAGAUAUAUCACCUUUUCCAAGAAACGCUGGAAAGUGGAGCUCAAGAUCAUGUUAUUUAAGUCUAGGAUAUAUUUGCAAAACAGCUGCAAAGGGUGCUCCUACACAUCCAUUUUCACCACCACCUAUUAAUCCAAGCACAACAGACUUACCAAGCUUGCAAUGUCCUCGGGUGUUUAUAAAAUAUGGCGAGUCCUGCUAUAAGGUUGAGAACAAUACUAAAACAUUUGAUGAAUCACUCGAUGCUUGUCGAAAGCUUGAUAAAAGAGCUGAGCUUAUCAGCGUCAACUCAGGAUUUGAACAAGCUUUACUUGUCGUUCUGAUGGAAAGAACACUUGGUUCUGUUUGGACUGGUUUAAAUAAAAAUCCUUGGUCUUCAUUUAAGUUCACAGAUUACUCUAUUCCAGAAUACCUCUACUGGGAAAGAGGCCAACCAGAUAGUCAAUUAGAUGAACGUGCUUGUGUAAAAGCUGUUGUAUCAGGAACUCGUGUUGGCCGUUGGGAUGAUGUAAAUUGUACCCAGAAAAAUUUUUAUGUGUGUGAGAUAUAUAAUGGUGAACCAAGGAUAACUUUAGAAGAGGAAGGUUUGUGUGAGCCUGGAUGGCUAAAAUAUCGAAAGGAUUGCUAUAAGCAUUUUCAAGUACGCGUGAGAUGGUUACAUGCAAGAUCUACAUGUCGUAAAAACGGAGGUGAUUUGCUUAGCAUAACCAACUCUGACGAACAAGACUUCAUUUUACACAACGUUAAAAGAAUGGAUACGUGGAUAGGUUUAAAUGAUCACAAUAUCGAAAGAGGAUUUCAGUGGAGUGAUGGAAGUCCUCUUACUUAUAUAAACUGGGAGAAAAAUAAACCAAGCUUUAAUCGUUUAGACCUAAAUUGUGUUGUCAUGAAAAGUUUAAAUGGUCGUUGGUCAGACAAACACUGUUAUUACUCGAGUUAUGCUUUUGUCUGCAAAAAGCCGCUCGCGUGUUCAUCAAAGAUAAAGUUGACGAGUGACAUAAUAACCGUUGCCGCCCAACCUAUCUCAGCUGAGUUAGACACAAAAGAGCUUAUCUUGUUGGAUGACAGUCCUCAGUCAUUGGCUUGGUGUCCAAACACCACCAUUGAUUCUAAACCUAGAAUUCAGGUUGAUUUCAAUGAUGUUUAUAAAAUCACGUCUAUAACAACACGUGGUAGAAAAUUUGGUUAUUUCAAUCAAUAUGUGAAAUCAUUCAUUGUUGAGUACACUUCAGAUGGAUAUCAUUGGUACAAAUAUAAACGAAUGGGAAUUGAAGAAACAAUUUUUGCCAACAAUAAUGGCUACAACUUGGUUACAAUAGCAUUUGAUCCACCUAUUAUGGCGUUGGCAAUAGCAGUGUUACCAGCUGCAACAAAAUAUUCACAAAUAUGUUUAAGGCUCUCGUUACGAGGCUGUGCUAGUGUAUGUCAAGCACCAUUGGGAAUGAAAAAUCGAAAGAUUCCGGAUAAUGCUAUCACAUCCUCCAGUGCUAAUUAUCCUGACGACAAUCCUGCUCAAAAUGCAAGGCCUAAAAGUAAUGGGUGGUGUGCUAAAAACAGCGACUUAAAUCAAUGGAUUCAAGUAGACUUGGGUCGAAUCAGUUUAGUGACCAAAAUAAUGACGUUUGGGGAUUUAAAGAAUAAUUUUGUUAAAGCUUACAAGAUUCAAUUUAGCGCCGAUGGUUUGAAGUGGAUCGACUAUAAACAAUACGGAGUAACAAGGAUAUUUCUUGGGAACUUUCAAGCGCGUUAUCCAAUGACACAUGUGUUGAGCGAAUCUUUACAAGCACGCUUGGUGCGAAUUAUACCACUUUCCUGGAACAAAAACAUUUGUAUGAGGUUCGAAUUGUUUGGGUGCGUUGCAGAUUGCGACCAGCCACUCAUUCAAAUCAAUGAGUACGCUCUUUCUGAUGUCAAGCUUACGUCAUCAGAUGAGAAAUCAAAUCCGAAUGAUGCACGUAUGAAUUCUGGUAAGGCAUGGUGCCCUAGUCAACAAUCUGGACAAUAUUUAGAGGUUGAUUUUGGUAAAAUGGUUCAAUUGUCACAAAUGGCAAUAAGAGGAAGUCCUGUGAAUUUUGGUGAAGCACGAUAUGUUGAGACAUACGUUUUAUGGUUUUGGAAAAAGAUAAAUGGUUUCAAUACGUUGUGGAUAAUGCUGUUAAGAUCAUUGUUGGUAACCUAAGAAACUCCACCACAGCAAGUAACUACUCUUUUAUUCGUGGAGAUAAUGGCGAAGGAGUCAGUGUGAGAAAA